CUUGUACCGAGAAGGAGGUGUAUCUUGUUGAAACUUCGUUAUUUUGAGGGGUUUGAGUGAAACGUUUGUAUUUUGUGAGGAAUUAGUGCAGUACCUGUUGGGAAUGCUGGCGUGGAAUAGUUGUUGGUGAUGAUUUUUAUUGGUUAAUAAUUUGAAUCAAUGGAAAUUGUUAUUUUUUUCACUAUUUACGUAAUGACGUUUUGCUGGCCGUAUAAUUCAGUGAUUGGACAGUCCGUUACAGAUAAACUGACUGGCAAAUAGAGCUAUCAGAGAGAAAGUGAUACAAACGAGUGCCAACAUGAAUCACACAUACAUGAACACGGGAGUGCCCAAGCAUCAGAAUGGCCCUGCCAAGGCGGUGGACAUGGAUAUGGACUUCGUGACAGAUGCAAACGUUUAUUACAACCUGCCUCCUCCCUUGCCAUCGGCUAAUUUCCGGGGCACGUCACUUCCUCGUGGUCAUCAUUCCCCACAGCAUCAGCAGAUGAACAGGGCAUCUUCCUCUUGCCCCGCCUCACCCAAGCUUCCCUCUGCUGCCUCCUCUCCUCGGAAAGGUGGCCUCCCCCUGUCACGGCCGCCCUGUGCCAGUGACAAGGGAAGCAAACCUUCCCUGCCGCCCGCCGUGCCAGAACGGGGCGACCCGAAGCCGAAACACGAGAAGUUGUCGCACACUCGUUCCUUCGACCUGGAUCACAUCUACCAGAACCUUUGCACGGCAGUCAAAGGCGCCUCCAAACCGAGAAGCAAUUCCUUCAGCAUCCCGUGGCGGCGGAAGAAGAAACUGCAGGAGACUUCGCCGGGGAUCGCGGAAGAGGCCCGGGAAGAGGGAGGAGGAGGAGGAGGAGGAAGCGGCAAACCCCAGCCCCUGGCCAGCCCGAGUGUCACGUCCAGCACCAGCAACGGCGCUGAGAACGGGAGCCCGAGAUCACUACCCGACACCCGCGGGAGCAGAGCCAGCCUUAACAGUAACAGCGACAAUAGCAGUGACAGCAGUAACGACGACGACGACGACGGCGAAAGCGACUACGACGGCUAUUGGGGUGAGGUGUGUCCCAGUGUGACCUACAUCAAGAGGGACCUGCCCGUGCCCCGCUUGCCUGCAGCCGACGCGAGCGCAGAGCAGGACGAGGAGCAGACCAGCUACAACACCACGGCCACCCUGCCCCUCCGCGCCGCCAAGGGACCCAAAAAGAACGGCGGCGACAAGCAGCAGACGGAAAAUUUCGACUUGACGGCCAAUCUAGAAGAAUGGCGACAGAAAGCAAGAUGGUUGGAGAGGAAACGCAGAUCGAAGGACAUUCGAAUUACAGGAGAAAACAAAGGCAUCGACAUCGCCAUCCUGUACGCGUCGGACGGCACGAUCUGGAAGGACUACCUGCACAGCACCUUCACGCAGUUCCGCAAAGGGUGCAGGGACUUCGGCGGCAUCUUGAUAGAAAACGUGAACGUGGAGGAAAUCAAAGAGGACGUCGAGCUGCUUCAGAGAAUGACACUCAAGAGUGCAAAGCUUCAGAUUGUAAUACUCUCCCCACACUUCAUGGAGCACAUUGCCAACCAUGCAAGAAGUGAACUUGGACAUGUGUUUAAGCCAAAGAAGGUGUUAUGUUUACUGCUGAAUGUGGAUAACAGCAGUUUUACACCUGCACAUCUUUCUGUGCUUUACUCUUACAAGGAAUGGCAGCAUCUCACUGUACGAAGUGAGGACAUGUCAUUUGUACAAGAAGUUAUCAUUAAAGCUACCGGCAUUCUCAAUAGCAGUGAAGUCUACUCAGGUUAUCGAGAUGAAAGCUUAGCCCGUUUUAAAGUCAUACCUCGGAAAAUUACCUCGACACAUCCACAAGUAUAUAUAAUCAUGACUGAUGAAGUGCAAGACAAAGUUGUAAUAUCGGUGACCAGUGCAAACAAAGAACCAGACAUCAUCAGAAAAUGGCGCUUGCAGAACCCCUAUACCAUCAGUUUCCAAAUUCCAGAGUCAUACUUGGAAACCUCUGCCUUCCUGUAUAUAGAAGUGUCAGUGAAUGGAAAGAGUCAAGGAUCACGGCAAGUGAAGUGUGAACGAAACAUGGAUACAUUGUCACAGAUUCUUUCAAAUUCCAAAAACCCAAUUGACCUCAUGUGUCAGGCCCUAAACCUGAAUCCCUUGAACAAUGAUCUGGACCUGUGCUUGGCCAAGAACUUCAGUAUGCGUACUCCUCCCAGCAGAAGUGCAGAUGAUGACAGCGAGAAAGGUACUUCGUUUUUUCCUACUUGGGUACACUUCAGUGCCUAUUAUGGCCUGAAAAUGUUUACAUGGGCCUUACUGGAGGCUCCUGGUGCCAGGUGCGCUCUCAGUAUUCCAAAUUGUGAUGGUGAUACUCCAUCCUUACUUGCCUUCAAGAGUGGCUAUCUGCCCUUAGCACACGCAUUAGAAACAGAAAUGGUGUGUUCAAAACCCAGAGGAGUAUCAUCACCACAACACAUCAAGAGGACAGGUUGGAAGAAAACUAAUGUUGCAACAUACAAUAAUCCUCCGCCCCCUCGGCCACUGAAAUCCAAUUAUGACACAUUGCCUGCACCAAGAUCAGUGUCCCCAAGUAAUUCGCCACCUGCACCUUCAGGUGCUUCUUCAGAGAGUUCAGUUUCUGUUACUCCUCCACCAACAAUGACACCUCCCAUAUCCUCACCUCAGUUAGUUGAGGAAGACAACAAUUCUAGCUAUAAUGAAGAGGGGUGUCAUGCGUCCCAACAGUCCUUGCCUUCUUUACCAUCUGCCCUUAGUAAUACUGAUUUUGCGCUUGAUCCAAAAUCACAUUCAUUAAAAGAGGUGGUUGAAAGCUACCUUAACAUGAAUGUCACAGGUAGACAUGGGAAACAUGAAGAAAGUAAACAUUUUUACACAGAAGUAACAAAGUUUAUUGAAGGCAAGAAAGAAAACAAAAAUGAUGAAUCACUUUCUGAGGUAGACUCAUCCAAGGCAACUGCAGAUGCUUCUAACCAAGAACAGUCUACUACAUUCAUGGCAGACCAAAGAAGUGAUGACACAGAGAUUGCUUCACACGUUCCAAAUUAG